GUCGAGGGCUUUGGCCGACGCGGCAGAGCACAGCCGCCCCACCGGCUUUGGGCCCAGGAUCCAGGCGUCUGGACACAGGUCGAGCUGUCGGCAGGGCAGAGCCACAGGGCCUACAAAGAUGCUGGCUGUUCCGGAGAUGGGCCUGCAGGGGCUGUACAGCGGCUCCAGCCCAGAGCGGUCUCCAGUGCCCAGCCCACCCGGCUCCCCAAGGACCCAGGAAAGCUGUGGCAUUGCCCCCCUCACACCCUCACAGUCUCCAAAGCCUGAGGCCCGAGCCCCACAACAGGCCCCCUUCUCCGUGGUAGUGGCCAUCGACUUCGGCACCACAUCCAGUGGCUAUGCCUUCAGCUUUGCCAGUGACCCUGAAGCCAUCCACAUGAUGAGGAAAUGGGAGGGCGGGGACCCAGGUGUGGCCCACCAGAAGACCCCCACCUGCCUGCUGCUGACCCCAGAGGGUGCCUUUCACAGUUUUGGCUAUACAGCCCGUGAUUACUACCACGAUCUGGACCCUGAGGAGGCUCGUGACUGGCUCUACUUUGAGAAGUUCAAGAUGAAGAUCCACAGUGCCACUGAUCUCACCUUGAAGACCCAGCUAGAAGCGGUAAAUGGAAAGAAAAUGCCUGCCCUGGAGGUGUUUGCCCAUGCCUUGCGCUUCUUCAAGGAGCAUGCCCUUCAGGAGCUGAGGGACCAGUGCCCAUCGCUGCCAGAGAAGGACACUGUGCGCUGGGUGUUGACAGUGCCGGCCAUCUGGAAACAGCCAGCUAAGCAGUUCAUGCGAGAGGCUGCCUACUUGGCCGGACUGGUGUCGAGAGAGGAUGCAGAGCAAUUACUCAUCGCCCUGGAGCCUGAGGCCGCCUCUGUCUACUGCCGCAAGCUGCGUCUGCACCAGCUCGUGGACCUGAGCAGCCGAGCUCCAGGCAGUGGGCGCCUGGGCGAGCGCCGCUCCAUUGAUUCCAGCUUCCGUCAGGCCCGAGAGCAGCUUCGAAGGUCCCGCCACAGCCGCACGUUCCUGGUGGAAUCGGGUGUCGGAGAACUGUGGGCUGAGAUGCAAGCAGGAGACCGCUACGUGGUGGCAGACUGCGGGGGAGGCACGGUAGACCUUACCGUGCACCAGUUGGAGCAGCCCCAUGGCACCCUCAAGGAGCUCUACAAGGCAUCUGGUGGCCCCUGUGGCGCGGUGGGCGUGGACCUGGCCUUCGAGCAGCUGCUGGGCCGCAUCUUCGGCGAGGACUUCAUCGCCACCUUCAAAAGGCAACGCCCAGCAGCCUGGGUGGAUCUGACUAUAGCCUUCGAGGCCCGCAAACGCACCGCAGGCCCACACCGUGCGGGGGCGCUCAACAUCUCGCUGCCCUUCUCGUUUAUUGACUUCUACCGCAAGCAGCGAGGCCACAACGUGGAGACAGCCCUGCGCAGGAGCAGCGUGAACUUCGUGAAGUGGUCCUCACAGGGGAUGCUCAGGAUGUCUUCUGAGGCCAUGAACGACCUCUUUCAGCCCACGGUCAGCGGGAUCAUCCAGCACAUAGAGGCGCUGCUGGCGCGCCCCGAGGUGCAGGGCGUGAAGCUGCUGUUCCUGGUGGGCGGCUUCGCAGAGUCGGCCGUGCUGCAGCACGCGGUGCAGGCAGCACUGGGCGCCCGCGGCCUCCGUGUGGUGGUUCCGCACGACGUGGGCCUCACCAUCCUAAAGGGCGCGGUGCUCUUCGGGCAGGCUCCGGGCGUGGUUCGGGUGCGCCGCUCGCCGCUCACCUACGGCGUGGGCGUGCUCAACCGCUUCGUGGCUGGGCGCCACCCGCCCGACAAGCUGCUGGUUCGCGACGGCCGCCGCUGGUGCACCGACGUGUUCGAGCGCUUCGUGGCCGCCGAGCAGUCGGUGGCCCUGGGCGAGGAGGUGCUGCGCAGCUACUGCCCGGCACGCCCAGGCCAGCGGCGCGUGCUCAUCAACUUGUACUGCUGCGCCGCCGAGGACGCGCGCUUCAUCACCGACCCGGGCGUGCGCAAGUGCGGCGCGCUCAGUCUAGAGCUCGAGCCCGCCGAGGGAGGCCCCCAUGCCGCCGGCGCGCCCCCUGGCCGCCGCGAGAUCCGUACUGCCAUGCAGUUUGGCGACACCGAGAUUAAGGUCACUGCCGUCGACGUCAGCACCAAUCGCUCCGUGCGCGCCGCCAUCGACUUUCUUUCCAACUGAGGGCGCAGUGCCAGCCCCCCACGGCCCCGCUGAACUCUCUUUUGGCCCAGGGCCUGGGGAGUGGGCUGAGGCGGACCAACCGGCCCCAUUCCCCGCCAUCCUGCCCCAGGAGGUGAGGUCACAGGAGGAUGGGUGGGGACAUAUCCAGAAACUCUGGCUUUGGGAUUGGGCCCCGGUCCGCUGACUGGAAGGCUGAAGGGCCCUGCCAAGGACUGAGGUCAAGGAGACUUAAAAGAGGUUUGUAAGACGGCGUGCCCACAGGGAGCACGUGAUCCUGAAAGCAGAAUGCACCGGAAGACUUGAGCCCUGGUCUGAACUGGGGUCCGGGAUGGGAGUCGGGGA